GCUCCAUUUUAUUCAACUGUGAAAAGUGGCUUCUCUUUCUGACUUCAAAGAUGAUGCUUUUAGAUACGGAGGCGUCGGGGUUCGACCGGAUCGGCCUGGGCUGCCGAACGUGAUCCGCUCGACGACCCUGGCUUGCCUGCAGUUACAAGAGAAGUUUCUCUAACUCCAUAGAAAAAAUGGAGAACGCCACUCUGACUCCCGUGCAGUGGGAUCAGGGCCUGAGAAACGCCAGUACCGAGUGCCGGCUUCAAGCCGAUUUCCAGUAUUCGCUCUUCACGGUCAUCUACUCCACGGUUUUCGUCUUGGGCUUGCUCGAAAACGGAGCCGCUUUGUACCUCCUGGCCUGCAGAGUCCAGAAGAAUGCGCCGCGCUCCUACCUCUACCUGGUCAACUUAGCCGUGGUGGACGCCCUCUUCGCCGGUGUCUUGCCCUUCAAGAUCCACUACCACUUCCACCACAACCACUGGGUCUUUGGUGAUGUGGCCUGCCGGAUCACGGGCUGCAUGUACUUCCUGAACAUUUAUCUCAGCAUCGCCUUCUUCACCUGCGUCUGCGUGGACCGGUAUGUGGCUGUCCUGCACCCCUUCGCCUACAUCCGGAUCAAGCGGGGCCACUACGCGGUGGUGGCGUCGGUCCUGUGGGUCACGGCGCUGAGCAUCGCCGGCCCUCUGGUGCUGGGGGGUCCCCUCCACGCCCAGCUGAACAGCACCACGGUCUGCUUUGAGAACUUCGGGCCCACCAGCUGGACCGGGCGGAUGGUCCCCUACAAUGUCUGCGCGCUGAUUUUCGGCUUCACCCUCCCGUUCGCCGUCAUCCUGAUCAGCUACCCACUGAUCGCGCGCCGGAUCGCUCACAUCCCUCACAGCGCCCGCAGGAGGAAGGCACUGGGCACCAUCUACCUCAUCCUCUUCAUCUGCGCGACCUGCUUCCUUCCCUACCAUCUCACCCACCUCCUGCACUUCCUGAUGCGGGCCAAGGUGAUCGAGAAUUGCCGCUUCGCCGCGUUCAUUUACAAAAUGCGCCGGGUCACCUUAGCGCUGGUGAGCUUCAACUGCUGCCUGAACCCCAUCUUGUACUACUUUACCGCCGCCGGCGGGCGGUGGCCGUUUUGGAUCCGGAGAAGGACGGUGCACGUCUACACCAUUAGCAAGGAUCAGGCUGCCCGACGGGGGUCCGCAUUGAGGGACGUGGCGGACACUCGGCCGACAGCCAACGGGGCAAGGUUAGUGAGACCUCCGCGGAAGUUGGUCGGACUUUAAUCAUCCCCAGAAAGCCCAUUUUUUCCGCUCAUCGAGGGGGUUUUUCCCAAGAUUUGAUGCCCCUUUUCGGCAGCCCAAGAGAGGGACAGACGGUGGGAUGAAGGCGGAGAAGCACCACGCUGGCAGAAACGCCGGGUUCAGAAAGCGAGCCGCCCUUUCGUUUUUUUUAAUACGACAGUCAGGAACCCUCGUGGCCGUGAAGACAUGUUUGGCAACCAUUUUAGCACCAUUUCUUGAAACCUCUGAGACUUCGCGGUAAGAUUCCUUCACUGAUUUAUUGUUUAAAAACUCCUCCUCAAGGCUGGCGACGGAAGGCCACAUACCGUCUUUUCUUGGGUGGCUCUACAACUAGGGUUUUCCCCCCAUCUGCUUGAGCCAACCCAGGGUGGGCAACGUGGCACUCGCUCAAUGUUCUACACCUCCCAUACUUUACCCAGACCGGUUGAACAUAGUGCUUUAAAAUGGAGGUUGGGAACCAGGGGUCCAAGAUGCUAACAGGGCUUUGUAGACCAC